AUGCGGGCUUCCACAUCUCUCUUAUUGUUUUUUCUGAUAAUGAUUGCUUCCUGUUCCGGUUCGGUUAUACCAAACAACAUUGUCCAGAAUCAUAUCAAAAACAUUGCUGACUUCUCUGUUGAUCCAUGUGAUGACUUCUACGCGCAUGUCUGUCCGAUGGGAAUUUCAAAACAAGAUUUUCUCAAGAGUAUCUUUGAAACAAAACUGCAAAUUGUUAGAGAUUAUAAACUCGAACAUCCGGAAAAUCUUUUUGUCAAUGCUUUUAGUGUGGAUAAAACAAAAAAUCUGUCAAACAUCGUCACUCAAUUCCUUCAUUCCAACGAAUCUUCAACUUUAUGUAACAUUGCUAAGAAAAUCGUCUCUGAUUUCACUCGCCACCUAUUGAGUUUUGAUAUUGAAGAAACGGCUUUAUUGCAAGAUUGGGAAAAAUCAUCAUGUGAACAGAAGAUGGAAAUGGUUAGAAACCUUAGCAAUCCAACUCAGAAAUUUAUUAAUUCUCGAAUGGUUAUCAGUCAAGCAAUCGAUGGAUCUAUUGCUAGCUCUUUAAUGGAAAAAUUGGAUAAAAAAUUGAGACAACUUUUCCAAAAGCUUAAAAUGGCAGUGCUUAAAGAAUUGAGAAAAACUCCAUGGGCAGUUUAUAAUGGCUCAUUAGAUAUGUAUGAAGAUGCGCUUCAGAAAAUCAAUUUCACAACAUUUUCGGAUAUUCGAAAACCAUUAAAAUAUGCUCAAUCGGUUUUCAUUCAGGCAAAAAGCAAAUGCAUCGAUGUAAUUCGUGGAAAGUAUUCUGUAGAAAUCGAAGAUGGAUUAUGUGAAGUUAUAGCUGUGGGAGAAGCGGUACUGUAUAUCAAUAAGCCAAUGAAUUCCAUUUAUGAGACUGAUUUGAGAGACAUAUUGACGGACCAAACGGCAGCAUUAAAUUCAAAAGAUACAUGUGAUACCCGGGAGACUUUUGAAGAAGACGCUGCUGACCUAGCUGCCUACCGUAUUGUUUGGAAUUUGUAUAAGAAGGCGUACACCAGAAAAACAGUUGUAAAGAACUACGAGUCUUUGAAUAAAAAACAACUCUUUUUUUACGGUGCUGCGGUGGUUUUGUGUUCACCGUAUGGGAUGGAGGAAAAUCCAUCCCACGACACACUCCAUUCAAACAGCUAUCAAAGAGUCAAUUCUUUGAUGUCUCAAAUGGAUGGGUUUUCUGAGGCUUUCAAAUGCAAACCGACAGAUAGAAUGGUCCGGAACAGAGCGAGAACUUGCGAGUUGUACGGGGCCAAAGCUGAUGGAAAGGAGAAGAUUUGA